GAAUGGCGCAGUUAACGUGCAUUGACUUAGGGGACAUCUCUGAUAGAAUGGACUCCCGAAGCAUUAUUCUCUAACUAUCCUUACAGGAUGGAAGAAGUUAGUGUUAUCCAGCAUUCCUGCUGAGUAUAUAACUUACUGCCACUUCUGAUCUUUGAAGAGAGAUUUAUCGCUUCCUGUGGCAAUACUGAAUACUCAAAAGAGUGAGUUCUGACCUCAGGAGCUGGAUGAAGAAUAGCCAGCAUGAAGAGAACAAAUCAGUCCAGGCAGAAGUGCAGAAGCGUCAAGAACAUAAAUCAGGAAGGUGAAAUGGAAGGUGAGGCAGUCGACGCUAUUGUGGAGGAAUCAGAAACUUUUAUUAAGGGAAAAGAGAGGAAAACCUAUCAAAGACGCCGUGAAGGUGGACAAGAAGAUGAUGCUUGUCAUAUACCACCAAACCAAGCAGAUGGAAGCGAAGUGGUGCAGGAUGUCAGCAGUGGGGUGCAGAUGGUGAUGAUGGAUCAGCUAGAUCCAACUCUUCUUCAAAUGAAGACCGAAGUAAUGGAAGGUGCAGUGCCUCAAGAAACGGAGGCUACUGUGGAUGACACACAGAUCAUAACACUUCAGGUUGUUAAUAUGGAAGAGCAGCCUAUAAACCUUGGUGAGCUUCAGCUGGUUCAAGUACCUGUACCAGUGACUGUACCUGUUGCCACCACGUCUGUGGAAGAACUGCAGGGAGCUUAUGAAAACGAGGUUUCCAAAGGAGGCCUGCAGGAGGGGGAGCCCAUGAUCUGUCACACCCUCCCUUUACCAGAAGGCUUCCAAGUUGUGAAAGUGGGUGCAAAUGGUGAGGUGGAGACACUGGAGCAAGGUGAACUUCAGCCACAGGAAGAUCCCAAUUGGCAAAAAGAUCCAGACUAUCAGCCACCAGCCAAAAAAACAAAGAAAAACAAAAAGAGUAAGCUUCGCUACACUGAGGAAGGCAAAGAUGUGGAUGUCUCUGUAUAUGACUUUGAAGAGGAGCAACAGGAGGGUUUGUUGUCCGAGGUUAAUGCAGAAAAGGUGGUGGGCAAUAUGAAGCCACCAAAACCAACAAAAAUUAAGAAGAAAGGUGUAAAGAAGACAUUCCAGUGUGAACUGUGCAGUUACACUUGUCCGCGUCGUUCCAACUUGGACCGCCACAUGAAAAGCCACACCGAUGAAAGACCACACAAGUGCCAUCUCUGUGGCAGGGCUUUCCGGACAGUCACAUUGCUGAGGAACCACCUCAACACUCACACAGGUACUCGCCCUCACAAGUGCCCAGACUGCGACAUGGCCUUUGUGACCAGUGGAGAGUUGGUUCGGCAUCGCCGCUACAAGCACACCCAUGAGAAACCAUUCAAAUGUUCCAUGUGUGACUAUGCCAGUGUGGAGGUUAGCAAAUUGAAACGCCACAUCCGUUCGCACACCGGAGAGCGCCCGUUCCAGUGCAGCCUGUGCAGCUAUGCCAGCAGAGACACCUACAAACUGAAGAGGCACAUGAGGACCCACUCCGGAGAGAAGCCAUAUGAAUGUUACAUCUGCCAUGCUCGCUUCACUCAGAGCGGUACCAUGAAGAUGCACAUUUUGCAGAAGCACACGGAGAAUGUGGCCAAAUUCCACUGUCCUCACUGUGAUACUGUUAUAGCGAGAAAGAGUGACCUGGGUGUCCACUUGCGGAAGCAGCAUUCCUACAUUGAGCAGGGCAAGAAGUGUCGCUACUGUGACGCUGUGUUCCAUGAGAGGUAUGCCCUUAUCCAGCAUCAAAAGUCCCACAAGAAUGAGAAGCGCUUCAAGUGUGACCAGUGUGAUUAUGCCUGCAGACAGGAGCGGCACAUGGUCAUGCACAAACGGACCCAUACUGGAGAAAAGCCUUAUGCCUGUAGCCAUUGUGAUAAAACCUUCCGCCAGAAGCAGCUCCUCGACAUGCAUUUCAAGAGAUACCAUGAUCCCAACUUUGUCCCUGCUGCCUUUGUCUGCUCCAAGUGUGGCAAAACAUUCACUCGCAGGAACACAAUGGCCAGACAUGCUGAUAACUGCUCUGGUCUAGAUGGUGGAGAAGGAGAGAAUGGAGGAGAGACAAAGAAAGGCAAACGUGGCCGAAAGAGAAAGAUGCGUUCUAAGAAAGAAGAUUCUUCUGAUAGUGAGGAGAAUGCUGAACCAGAUUUGGAUGAUAAUGAAGAUGAGGAGGAGACAGCAGUAGAAAUUGAGGCUGAACCAGAAGUUGAGCAAGAGGCUCCUGCACCACCUCCCAGUAAGAAAAGAAGAGGAAGACCACCAGGCAAAGCUGCCGCGCAAUCAAAACAAUCCCAGCCUGCAGCAAUCAUUCAGGUUGAAGACCAGAACACUGGUGAAAUUGAGAAUAUUAUAGUAGAAGUGAAGAAAGAACCUGAUGCAGAAGCAGCAGAGGAAGAGGAGGAAGCUCAGCCUGCUGUAGUGGAAGCUCCCAAUGGAGACCUCACCCCUGAGAUGAUUCUCAGCAUGAUGGACCGGUGAUGGAGGAAGACCACGUUGGCUGACUGAACUGGCCUGGGCUGUGUUUAAGCGGCUCAAAUCUAUUUUUUUCCUUUUAUCUUUUUUCUUGGCUUUGGGAAAUGCAUCAUUUUAGACCAUUUUACCAAACAUACUGGGAAAUAAAACGAUGUUAGAAUGUGAUUUAACUAGAACUUGCUGUUUUAUGUUAGCAUUACAGGAUCAUGGAACAUUAGGAAAUAUUUUGGAGUCCUUGAGGGUUUCCUCUGAGAUGCUUGGUUUAGUUUUGCUCUGAACUGCAUUGUAAAGCUGGUCCAAGGGCCGUGUUUACAUGCACCAAGUUUUAAUAUACAAAAGUGGAAGCCUUGACUAGAGUAUGUGGAAAACCAUACUUGCCCUUCCAGUUCCCAGAGUCCUUGAGCCUCUUCUCUCAGUAGUGUUUUUAACUGUAAAUGCAGACUUGGGAGGGUUCUAGACUUUUGAAAUGUUUUUUUGGUUGGUUUUUUGUUUUUUUGUUUUUGCUUUCUCCCACUGAGUAGCUCCGGUUCUCCAAGUCAGCUGCACAUGGUAGUUUUGGCAUGCUCCAACUGGUUUCUGUCCUUAAUAUGCUUUGCUUCCUGCAAAGCAUUUCUGUAAUGGUCAAGCUUGUAAAUAACUUUUUUUUUUUACAUUUUAAUCUUUUUCCAUUAAUUAAGAGGUAUGCAAAAAUGCAGUUUAAAGAAACCCCAAUAUUCUAAUUCCUUUCAAACUAAGUUACAAGAGAAUUGAUAGAGUGUAAAUGUUGGAAAAGCUGUUGAUAAGGUAGAGAAGAGAUGUACCCAGACUAUUGCUUGCAGAAGAAGAGAAAUCCACAUGUGAAAUCUGGUUUUGAAGCACAAAAAAAUUGUAUUUUAUAGAAUAUUAGACUGGCUUGGGUUAGAAGGCAUUUACAGACCAGCUAGUUCUACCCCCUGCCAUGGGCAGGGGCACCUUUCACUAGACCAGCUUCCUCUGAGCUCUGUCCAACCUGGCCUUGAACACUUCCAGGGAUGGGGCAGCAACAGUUUCUCUGGACAACCUGUGCCAGAGCCUCACCACCCUCACAAGGUAGAAUUUCUUCCUAACAGCCCAUCUAACCCUGCCCUCUGUCAGUUUAAAGCCAUUUCCUUUUGUCCUGUCUCUCCAUUCCCUUGCCAAAAGUCCCUCUCCAGCAUUCUUGUAUGCUCCCUGCAGGUGCUGUAAGGCCAUUAAUUAGGUCAUCCCAAAACCUUCUCUUCUCCAGGCUGAGUAUCUCCAGCUGUCUUUCCUCAUAGGAAUGGUGCUCCAUCCUUCAAAUCAUGUUUGUGGCCUCCUCUGGGCUCGCUCUGACAGUUCAAUGUCCUUGUCCCAGAGCUGGAAUCAGCACUGCAGGUGGGGUCUCACCUGAGGGGAGCAGAGGGGCAGAAUUCCCCCCUUCCUGCUGCCCACAGGGCUUUGUACAAACACAGCCCAGCACACGCGGCUGGGGCAUGUCCAGUCUCCCCCACCAGCUCCCCCAAGUCCUUCUCCCCAGGGCUGCACUGGAUCUGUUCAUUCCCAACCUGGAUUGAUCCCAAAUGUCCCAGCCCAGGUGUCCCACCUUGCACUGGGUCUUGUUAAGCCUCAUGAGAUUCCCAUGGGCCACUUCUCGAGCUUGUCCAGGUCUCUCUGGAUGGCCCUGUCCUUCAGGUGUGUCACUGCACCCUAAGCUUGGUGUUACCAAACCUGCAUCUGAGGGUGCACUCGACCCCUUCAUCCAUGCCAUUAAUGGUGAUACUGAAUAACACUGGUCCCAGUAUGGACCCCUGAGGGGCAUCUGCUGUCCAUCCAGAGUCUGAGCCAUUGACCACUGCCCUCUGGAUGUGACCAUCCAACCAAUUUGAAACAUAUAAUUAACCUUUUUGAGUUAUAAUUUCAUGAAUACAUUUUCUUUGCUCUAUCUUGUAGUUGUAUUUUGUGUUUAUGAAUCCUAUGUUAAAACAAAAGUGGUGAUUUAUAAGUGGGUCACUGCAGCCCUCAACCUGGGCCAGGAAAUUUUAUUAAUAGGUCAGUAAUUCUACAAUUUUUGAAUCUCUGAUAAAGACAAAAAAAGGAAUAAUGUGAAAUACAAAUGAUGCCUGUAUAUGAAAAUGUCACAUGUUAAAAUAUGUAAGCUUUUUAUAGAGCCUCAGUCUUGCUGAUUUCAAACAAAUUUUUCUUCUAUGUAUCGCUUUUAAGAGAGCUAUCAGUUUAGCUAUCAGACUCUAGGUUGAUGCAUUUUUGUACUUAGCUGUACUGUGUGAUAUUUUUCAUUAUUUUAGGAAGCCAACAUGGGAAAAAAAUACUGUUAUAAAAUAUGUAAUGGGGUUUGAAAGCUGGGAAGGAGAAUAUACUGCUGUACAGCUAAUAAAUAAUAACGGAUUAA